AUGGACGCGACGAGAUGUUUAGACGAUAUCGAUCCAGAUUUUAAAUAUACGGAUGCAAACGUAUCACAUUCCUGGAUAAUUAAUUAUCCCGAUAAAUUAAAACCAAGUCCGGAAACGUUGAAAAUAAGUUCGAAAAAUGAAACUUAUACGGUACCCAUCAAUCGAAUACCAAGCACAAAAGGAAAAAGGAAAAAAAUAAUGGAAGCCUUUUUCAGAAAGUUAAUAACGGAUGAAACUCUUGCAAAAUACGGUAUGGAAAAUGACAUAGUCAUAGAACCAUACGAAACGGAUUAUUCUGAACAUUAUAAAAAUCCAGACGAUUUGCCACUCCCUGGAGAAAAUCUAAGUAAAAAUGAAAAAGAUAAAUUAAUUAAGGAUAAAUCCUGUUCGAAAAAAGAAGUUUCCAAAUUGGAAAAGAUCGACGAGUUAAAAUUAAAAUAUCCGUUAUAUUUAUCGACUCCUCUCACGUUUGUAAGUCAAAUAACUGGAAAAAAUAAUUUUAGAAGAUCGACACCGAAAACGGACGAAUGGUGA